CGCGGCGCUGGCGCCGGGCAGCAGCGGGUCGGAGGUGCCGCUGUAAUGAGGUGCCGCUGCCCGAGCUCCUGAGCCGCGCCCCGCUCUCGCCCGGCUCCGCCAUGGGCUUCCCCGAGAGAAAGAUAAAGUUUCCCGCUCGGCGCGUGCCCGCACCGGGAAGCCUCGCUGUGUAACCUCUUCCCCUCACCUCGCCCCCGUGUAGGCGCAACAUGGUGCUGAGCGCGGACCAGGUGGCCCUCAUCGGGCAGGUGUUCGAGUCCUACGUGCUGGAGCACCACAGGGACGACAUCCUGGGCAUCCUGAGGGAGGCGGACGACCAGGCGCACUACCCCGUCGUCGUCGAUGCCUUGACGCUCUUUGAGACCAACAUGGAGAUCGGGGAGUAUUUCAACGCCUUCCCCAGCGAGGUGCUCCCGAUCUUCGACAGCGCGCUGCGCCGGGCUGCCCUGGCAGCGCUGCAGGACACCGCGGACCCAGCACAGCUCAGCCUGAAGCAGAACCUCCACGCCAGGGUCUCGGGUUUGCCUGUUUGCCCAGAGCUGACUCGAGAGCACAUUCCUAAAACCAAGGAUGUUGGUCACUUUUUGUCUGUUACUGGGACUGUCAUACGUACCAGCUCGGUGAAAGUUUUGGAGUUUGAACGGAGUUACAUCUGCAACAAGUGCAAGCACGUGUUUGCUGUCAAGGCUGACUUUGAACAGUACUAUGCAUUCUGUCGUCCAUCAGCCUGUCUUAAUGAAGAAGGCUGCAACUCAAUCAAGUUCACUUGUCUCUCUGGAACAGCCUCUUCUCCUACCUGCUGCAGAGACUAUCAAGAAAUCAAAAUUCAGGAACAGGUUCAAAGGCUGUCUGUUGGAAGCAUCCCUCGUUGCAUGGUGGUUGUUCUGGAAGAUGACUUGGUGGACAGUUGCAAGUCUGGAGAUGAUAUCACAGUGUAUGGCGUGGUAAUGCAGAGGUGGAAACCUUUCCAUGAGGGUUCACGCUGUGACUUGGAGAUUGUUUUGAAAGCCAACUACGUUAAAGUGAACAAUGAGCAGCUAGCAGGGGUUGUAAUUGAUGAAGAAGUUCGCAGGGAAUUUGAAGACUUCUGGGAAAGGCAUAGGAAUGAUCCCUUAGCAGGGAGGAAUGAAAUUUUGGCUAGCUUAUGUCCUCAAGUUUUUGGCUUGUACCUGGUGAAGCUGGCUGUAGCCAUGGUGCUUGCUGGUGGUGUACAGAGAACAGAUGCUACUGGAACUCGAAUCAGAGGUGAAUCGCAUCUUUUGUUGGUUGGAGAUCCAGGUACAGGGAAAUCUCAGUUCCUGAAGUAUGCAGUAAAGAUCAUGCCACGCUCCGUGCUUACUGCAGGAAUUGGAUCUACAAGUGCAGGUAUGUGCUUCUUCACCUGGAAAGGUUUAUUUUCUCACUCAAAUAUGUUUAUAUAGAAGCCUUCUACAUAUUAUGAACAUAUGUGCUCAGGUUGUAUGAGCACAGCUGAAGCAGAGAACUACUGUGGAGGCAUAUGAGGCCUGAUAUAACUCUGCAGAAGGGCAGUCCUGCCCUUCAGCUGUAUCCGUGGAGGACUGGAAUGAGCUUCUAACAGGGAACCUUCCAGGCCUCAUCCAGAGGCACCUCUCAAUGCUUUACUUGCAGAGGGUGAUCUGGACCUGUAUUUUUAGUGCUUUCCAGUAUGACAAAUACGACAUCUUUCCAGAGCUCACACUGUGUGAUGGGCUAGCAUCCUGACCAGAUAUCUCCUUUCUUCUGUUCUUUCAUAAGUUCUGUCUGGAUGCAGUUGAAUUUCUGUUUGCUUUCCGGAAAUUCACCCCUGUGUUGAGGAAUUAUUUCUUACUCGUAAAGAUGAUUUCAAGGUGGUUUCAGAGAGCUAGUGGGUUUUUUUCUUCUUUGUUUUUUUUUCUUUCUCCUUUUUGUUAAAUUUAAGUAUGUCCCAGUUGGCUCUGAAUGCCAGGCAUUUUUACAAACUCUUCUGGGGACAAUGUGCAGAGUCAGAUUACCUCUGCCAGUGGCUUUAUUUGAACAAAUGAAUAUAUUACUUGUACGUUCAAAAUCACAAAAUAAUUAGGGUCAAAUCCCAGUGUCUCAACUAGCAUGUGUAAAUUGAAUACUUCUCAAAUAGUGCUGCUUUUCAUUUUAUGCCUGGGAAACAGCAUUAUUUAUACAUGGGACAACCAGAGAAUAAAUCCUUCCCAGUUCCAUAGCUGUGUGUAUACUGGGUCUUCUGUAGCAGUGGAACUGGAAUGUGAUGUCGAACAUAAACCCACUUGUGUGCAGGGAACUUGUUAUGAAACAUAUAUGCCUCUAAUUUUCCAUUUAAACUGUUGACAAAUAGGUCUGGAGAGAAGCCAGAGAGAAAAUUUUGGCUCAGCAUAACCUUUUCUCAAGUCUUUUUUUUCCGUGUU